CUUAAGCCCCCGAAAAAUUGGAUUUUGUGAAUGGGCCCCAUAGUGUACUGUGCACAAGGCCAUAGAUAUGAUACUGUUAGCGUUGGAUGCACAGAAUCUAAACUCUAUAAAAAACUUUGUAAUUUGCAAGUGUAAAGUCUAAAAAAGAAACAUUCACUGUCUCUGUCUUAAGGGAUCUUGUAGAAACUCCACAACUCUUAUAUAUAAUAAUUUAAAAAAAUACUUUCAUGUGUGCAAUUCCUUUUUAUAGAGAGAUAGCAAAUUCACUGGUUUACUACAUUGUAAUUAGUGAAACCUGUCCUGUUUCGAUUCAUGAAACACAGAAAAUGUCGCACAUAUUCAUUUCCAUGGGAUUUUAAAAAGCGUAUUUAUUAAUAAGUGAAAGUAAAAGUUCACCCUUUGAUAAAUAUGCUAUUAGAAAUGCUAUAGAAAUGAAUGGAAAGUGGUGGAAUUUCACUCUAGCGGACUGUAGCAAGCUCUAACUUCAUACUUUAAUAAAUAUACCCCUGUGAGUGCCAGGAAGCAAAAUAAAUGUCAGCAGAGACACUACUGUGCAUUUACUGGUGCUCAGCCAACUGCUUACUAAAUUAAUCAGUGACAAAGUAAACUAUAAAGAAAAACAGGAAUGUCCAAUUAAAGGAGACAUAACGUAAUUCCUUUUACGUUAUUUCUCCUUUACCAAUACAGACCCAUACAGUCUUAUGAAUUCUACACUAAGCGCAUGGUAAAAAGAAAAGCAGAUCUUUAAGCACCUACCAGUUAAUAUGCGGCUCAGAGGCAGCAAAUGCUUCUUCCUGCUGGCAAUUUGCCUACACUCUCUCUGUGCUCCAUUAUUAAAGGGGAUGUUUACCUUUUACUAAAGUGGAAACAUUUGCAAAAAGAAAUGCUUUCCUAUAAACAUAUUAUGCAAACUUUAAAAAAAAAAAUGAUUUGCUUUAUAUUAGUCAUUAAUUUUGGCACUUUCUUUAAAGACUUGGGAUAUCCCCUCUAAAGGAGGGGUUCUUUGUCCCACUUCUCCACUGGAAAUGCAGAGGUUGGCAAUGGUUAGCAAUCUUUUGUACAGAAGGGCACAGCUCUAUGCACCAUUACACAUACUCACCAAUACGGUACUGCCCCGGCAGCCAGUUGGAUAUCUGCUAUGCUUGCCCAGGUAUGCACAGCAAGGCAUAAAGCCAUACAUUCCUUUAAAGAUUCAGACCAUUUAGACCAAUAUUUUGCAAUUCUGGUGGAUCAAGAUUAUUAAUCCUGACUGAAAACACCUGUCAGUCAACGUAAAGUUGGUAAGGGGGAGCCACAGAUCUGCAGCUGCUUUUUGUUUCAUACUGUUUCGAUAAAUUGGGCAGCCAGCCAAAAUAAACAGAACAAUGCAAAGUUGGCCAUACACAUAUCAGUCAAGAUUAGACAAGUGUAAAUGUCACUUGUGACACAUGGUUAGCAGACGGCAGCAAAAAAAAAAAAAUUACAGUUCUACAUCUAAUAUUGGCCAGUAUUAGUUUUUUGUUUUGUUUUUUUGCUGACAUUAGGCUAUUACUUUAAAGCUUGUAUUAUGUUAGCUGUAUAUUUUGUUUUAGCAUAUUGGGGAAUUUGUGCAGUGCUAUACCAAUACAGAUUAGGUAAUGUAAUCUGUCUAGUGUAGUUUGAUGUAGUUAUUUAUUAUGUUUAGAAAUACCUGAUUGUGUAUGAUAAAUUGGAUUUUCAGUAAUUUUAUAAAAUAUUCUUUUCCUAAAUGUGUUCAACUAAUCACCACCGAGAAGGUAUCGGUAUCUAUCUAUAAGAUCAAAUAAAGCUGUAUCUCUAAAAGUAUAAUAUGUGGAAUUACAUCAUUCUGCUCAGCAGAGAAAUAAGCUAAGCUACCUUUGUAAAAUCUCUACAUAUUUCACCAAAAUGGCAAUGCUUUGAUGGUAGAACUUUUAACCACAUCUUCCGUGAUGUAUGAAGCGCAAAUAGCCAGAGAACAAAUGGCUGGAGAAGGGGGUAGGGUCUGUAAUAGAAUCUAUGUAGUGCAUGCAACCACUCUGUAUUAAUUUCCCCACUCUACAGGCAAAUGGAGACCAGACUUCAGCUGCUCUGCACAUUGCUUAUAACUGUCUUGCUUUAUCUAUCUAAGAAAACAGGUAAGUAACAUAAUAACAAAAUGUAAUACUUUGUUUAGACUGGUGUUUUGUGCCUGAAAAAUAGAAUUUGGAAAACCCUUGGAGAAAUGUCUCUUAAAAUGAACUUACCUGUGUGCAGUUGCUGAAAGAUAAUGCAAUAAAAUUGAUAGAUAUGUAAGUGCAACAUUCCACAUGCUUAGCCUAGGAGAUAUAUUUAAUUACAAAAGAUUUAUUGCUGUUGAGGACUGAACUUAUAAUUCACUCAAUGUCAUGUCUUAAAUAUGCAUUUGCACUAACUACAAAUUAUUCUCUUUCUGAAAAAGAUGGCAGCAAUAAUGAUGUUCUGGUGGUGGAACAGCCUGAGCUACUGAUAGUGGAACAUGCAGGGUCAGUGACUAUAAACUGCACCUUUUGUGCUGAGCACAACACUUACUCUGUCACAUGGUUUUUGGGCUGUGAGAAUAAAUCAAAUCUCAUGGAUCAUCCAUGUUACAAACACAGGGUGCAAUUUGAAAACAACAAACGACAGGUGACUAUUUCCAACCUGACCGAGACUGACUCUGGAACAUAUUGCUGCAGUGUGGAAGUUGCUAAUGGGAAGAGAGGGGCUGGAAAUGGAACCAGGGUGGAGGUAAAACAAAGACCAUGUCCAGAAGGAAAAGUUGAUCAAGCUGCAUGUAUAAUCCAGUACAGCUUCCUUGGUUUUGAAGCUUGUAUCAUUGUCCUCCUGCUUGCCUUGCUUCUUAAAUAUCACCUGCAAAGUUCAGCUGGUGAUAAAUCCAAGGCACAUGAACUGAAAGGGCAAGAACUGAAGAGAGACCUUCAGUAUGCCGAAAUCUGCCAGCAGAGACUUCCUCCACACCCAAGGAGCAGAAACAGAGAGGAAAAUAUAACAUAUGCAUCUGUCACAACAAAGUAAUAAGAUGGUGUAUGGAGCCUCAAUUCAUUCUCUGCAUGCAUCCAUAUUAAUAUAUUAAAGCAAAACUCCA